UCUAGGGUUCUUAUUCUUCUAUCGCCGUUGCUUCCUCGGUGUCUCCUUUCUCCCUGUUAGGGUUUUCCAAUCUUCUUGGCGCUUACCCGGUCUACGCCGGCGGCUGCUGACGCGCUCGAUUUCGCUCGACCUCGCGUUCUUGGAUCCAAUGCCCCGGGUAAGAAAUUUCAGCUGUGAGCGGUGCGACAGGCAGUGAUUGCUAGCGAUUGGAUACGUUUUCAUGGGAAUUGAGGAAGAAUCGGUCGAGGAAUGCUGAAUCUGGGUCUCAAGAUCUCGAGCUGGCGCUACAAGCAAUCCAUCCGGCGAUGCGUGGUGAUGAGAGAUGGAAGGGCGGUGUCGAAUCGAGCCGCCCAGGGCAGUAACACUCGCGUCCCUCCCAAUGCUUCCUUCGUCGACGGGGUAGCGACCAAGGAUUGCAUCAUUGAUCCAGCGACCGGGGUGGCAAUUCGGAUCUUCCUCCCUCACCACUGUCUCGGGGUUAGUGACGCGGCGGGCAGCAAGGGAUUUGGAUGGCUGCCGCGAGAUCACACAGCGCCAGGGGACGAGGAAUCCUUGAGAUCUUCGCUGGAGCUCUCGGAUGGAAGCUCCGUCGGUAGCAGCAAUGGGAAUUCCGACAAUGAGAAGCUCCUGGCACUGGAAGAAGCUCUCAAGUUCUCUGGCGGCUACUUUCCAGCGAGCAAGCAAGAACACGUCAAGCUUCCAGUGAUAGUCCAGUUCCAUGGCGGGGCUUUCGUGAGUGGCAGCAAGGAUUCCUCCUCCAACGACGUGUUUUGCCGGAGGAUCGCCAAAGCUUGCAAGUGUAUCGUGAUCGCGGUGGGCUAUCGUCUCGCUCCAGACAAUAAGUUCCCAGCUCCAAGAGACGAUGGGAUCUUCACGCUCAAGUGGCUAGCAAAGCAGGGAAAUCUAGCCGCGUUUCCAGCCACGGCUGUCUCUCACGGGAUCAUCGAGAGCUUUGGACAAAUGCCAGCGGAUCCAUGGAUCUCCGCUCACGUUGAUUACUCGAGGUGUGCUUUGAUGGGGAUUGGAGCUGGAGGAACCAUCGCCGAGCAAGUCUCCCAGGCGUGUGUAAGUUUAAAGCUGGAACUAGAGCCGCUGAAAGUCGUGAGCCAGGUUCUUAUUUAUCCAUUGCUGGGUGGAAGCACGCCUCUUCCCUCAGAGAUCUCGCUGGCUGAUGCGUAUUUUCUGGACAGAGAGAUGUUGGCUCUGGCCUGGAGCUGGUUUCUCCCGGAAGAACAUCUCGCGGUAGCUAGCUCCAUCGAUCCUCGCAGCUCUUCUCGCAGCUCGAUCCUCUCCAAGAUGCCGUCGACGCUAGUGAUCAGUGCCGAGCUAGACAUGCUGAGAGACCGCGCGGCGGCCUACGUCCAAGCUCUCAAGAUGGUGAGCGUGGACGCGAGCUUUCUCACGUACAGGAACGCCGUCCAUGGCUUUGCGACCAUCGACUGCUUCCUCGACACGAAGCUUGCGCAAGCUUGUGUGGAAGACAUCGCGAUUUGGUUCGCCAAACACGUCAAGUGUGACUACUGGGGGUGAAUCGCUGCCAAAAAUUCGAUUUUUUCAUCGCCAAUGUAAAGUUUGUUUAUCUUCUGAUGCGAUCGAUCCUUGAUUGUAUGGCCAAUGUAUUCUACGAGCUGCGAAUCAUUUGUUGACGAAAGUUAUCAUCUA